ACCCCAUCUUGUCGGUCAAACGCUCAACAAAUGUGAAAUAAUGGCGACCUCCAUGCAUAUAGCAUGGAAGCGAUAUAAUACUUCACACCGGUUGUUGCAAGCAACCUUGAAUCAUCUUUAUGGAAAUAUACAGCAACGGUGUUGUCAUAUGGCAGCAGCUGUCCAAACUGUCACACCUACCCAAGCAAAGUUGAUGCGAAUAAAAAGAGAUAUUAAGAUACCAUUGAAGAAGAAGAGAGAUUCCUUGUCUGUUCUUCGAACUCUGUCAGAAGUUGCUGGCAAGGAUCACUCAAUGCCUGACUACAAACCAACAUACACUGAUGAUUCUUAUUUGAUACCAUACAUUCAGCAAUCCAUAAAUUACCGAUUCGCUUUACAAUCUGGAAGAGCAACUGCUCAGUAUUUCAUUGAGAAAUUCCCAGAAUGUUUUGCAUUUGAGAAGAGUGCACCCCAUAUACCGGCAUUUGAGCCAAAACAAGGCUAUGCUAAGUUGGAAGAUGUGUCAGAAGAGGCAUUGCAGGAAAGGAUACAGAUACACCUGGUGUCAGAGUCUUUAAAGAUGUUUGAGAAGCUUAUUGAAGAAGGUGUGAAUGUUUCCGUGGAAACAGUAGAACAGCUGAUGGAGUUGGUCAUGUUUCACUUUGGAAAGGACCCAGAUAGAAUCAAUGACAACCCAUUCAAUCUACAGGCAAUGCUCAGUAAAGAAGCUCCUGAUCCACCAUCUGACGAGUUUGUGCACAAGCUCAUGUCCUCACUGACGGUAGAAAAGACUCCACGGAUAUAUAAAGCUGUCAUCCUUGGCUGUUGUAAGAAUGAACAUAUAGAGACAGCACUGGGAUACUAUAAAGAGAUGAAAGGCAAAGGAUUGAAAUGUGAUAGAGACAUCUUCCAUGCUCUCCUGUCAGCAAAUCCUUGGUGGUCAAAGGCAUUGACCUUACCUCCUGACACUGCGAUAGACCUCCUCAGGGACAUGAAGGCAGCAGGAGUGGCUCCCACACAGGAGACAUUUUCCCGAUUAGCUUCUGGACCAGGCUUAGAAUGUUCUGAAUCUGUCUUCUUUUCUAAGAUCUUAAGUGAAGUCAAAGCCCUAGGAAUGAAACCUUCCUUGUCCAUGUGUAGACCCUUCCUGAAAUUCAUAAUAUCUUCACAAGAUUUACAACAGAUCCUGAAACAUGUGGAGGCGGAAAACAUUAAGGCUGCCUCAGAAGAGGAAAUGAGAUUCUUCAUAGAUGCCAUGAAAGCAGUAGAUAAUCCAUUGAGAAGUCCUAAUAUGGCGAAGGAGGUAGACAGAGUGUUUCGUAUCUUAGGAGAAGGGCACUACUUUUACAGCGUGGAGGAAUCUAGAGCCUAUUACCGCUCAUUGUUGUAUGCUUUGAUAUUCAACGAUACAUUAGAAAAUAUCAUGGAAAUGUACGAUAAACUUGUACCCCACAAAAUCUCAACAUUUACAUUACCUUUGCGUCGUCUUUGGAGAAUUAUGAAGCUUCAUAACAAUUUUCAGCACGUGCCAAAACUGUUAAGAGACAUUUACCUAAACGGAAAGAAAUUGGAUUCUGAUCAUUUUCAAGAGGCUUUGAAUGUCGUUGAUACCAUCAGUGGUCCUCCCGAGUUGUUACAGGAAGUAGCCAUUAGCUUUGAAUAUAUAAAGGAUGAUGCCGUAAGAAUGUUGAAGAGAAAUUUUUCAAAUAGAAAUAAAUCAGAACUGAAUUAUCUGAUGGUUGCGAGCAAAGUCAGUUUGAAAGCAGGCCACUUAGAGCAAGCAUGGGAGUAUUUUGAGUUGGGUGAGGACUACAGAGGAUUUACAAAAAAUCAUUGUGUUGAACUACAUCAACAUUGUGUCGACAAGGGAGACAGUGACAAGGCAGAGAGAGUUGAAGCUUACAUGAGAAACUUUCUAUAAGUUUCUUUGCUACAAAAGAUUUUGAAAAUUGAAGAGGCACAGAAAAUCAUGAACAAUGCAUUAGACUCCUUGAUGUUUGGUCUUCAAUAGUAAAUCGGUGAUGCCAGAAUGUUGAAAUAUUCCCAUCAGAAUUGUACCUUUUAUCAUUUGAUUGAACUUGUGUUCAGAGACCACUCAUCUGUCAGGACAGCACCUUUUCUCUUGUCAGUCAGAGCCUGGAUCUUCUGUCAGUUUGUACGGUUGGACAUGUCUUGCGAGGCCACCACUUAAGAGACCAUCUCUUCUGUCAGGCCAGCUUAACUUGACUAAAGCAUCCACCAGGAUUUCUCUCACUACCAUAUUUAUCCGCAAAAUAAGCCAUUGCCCACAAAUAAGCCCCAUUCUUCAUUUUCAGAAUCAUCAGUCUUAAAAUAGUGGUUCAGAAGUAAGUCCUCAUCAGACUUGAACAAUUGAACUUUUCACUGGGUUAGGCUAUUAUUUUAGGAAAAAUAUGGUAAUAAAUUUAUUUGGCGAAAACAUGGUGUGGUCCAUCAUUGUGUGAAUGUGUCACUGUUGCUGUAAAAUUUGUAUUGUUUUGAUAGGUAUAAUUUAAAUCUGUGUGAUUGUUGGCAGAAUUUUUGUGUGUGUGUGUGUGUGUGCACCCGAGAGUGAUCAACUAUAAGAUCUAUCAUUUGGGAUGAACACAUUGUAAAUCAGUAGGCAUUGGUUUUUGGAUGAUAAAUAGUAUGAAAAAUUAAAAAAAACAUACAUGUACAUGUAUUGGUAAAAUAAAAGCAAGUUGAUAAAAGAAAAUGAA